AUGGCGCCCAAGAAGAAACGCGGGACGAGCGUUGGGCGCCGCGAGGGUGUCGAGCCGCCGCUGUCGGAGCGUGCGCAGUACCUGCAGCGCGAAUAUGCGGCGCUCUCGGAGGAGCUGGACGCCUGCGAGGACCGCGUGGACAAGGUGCUGCGGGAGAACACCUUCCUGGACCGCGAGGCAGAGCGCUUGCGCGAGGAGAACCGGCUCUACGCCAGCUAUGUGAGCACGCGCGCCCAGCGCUGCGCCAACGCCAUCGUCCGGCUGGACCAGCAGAACCGGGUGGACCUGGCGCAGAUUCAUGGGCAGCGUGCGGAGUUGGCGUCGCUCUACCACGGGCGCGAGGACGGGGUGCGCGCGCAGCUGUUGGAGAUGGAGGCACGCGCGGCGCAGAUGGCACAGCAGGUGCAGGAGCUGCAGCCCUUCAAGGAGCUACAGGUGGAGCAGCUGGCUCGGAUCCGGGCGCUGGAGCGCGAGCUGCUGCACAUGCGCGUGGAGCACACGCAGCUGCUCCACCGUGUGAAGCGGCGCUUCCUGGAGGACAAGGCAGCUUUCGAGCGCGAGGCGCGUCAGCAUGUGCAGUCCCUGGUGCGGCGCGCGGAGCGAGAGGCGGCGCGCGCGCUCAUCGCGCACACUCAGGCCAUCAAGGUGGACAACGGGCGCCUUCGGCAGGAGCUGCUACGGCUGCUCCGCCGGGCCCAGCUGCUGCACCACACGCGGCGCCAGCUGCUGGAACAGCGCGAACAGCUGCGGCGCGAGCACGAGUACUCGCGGGAUUUGGUGCGCGUGCACGGCUGGCUGCGCAGGGGCCCUGGUGGCCCGCUGCUCUGGCAGCCGCCGGACUCCCCGCAGCCCGCUUCGCGCCCGGGUUCGUUAGCCGCCCCCACAGGCUCGGCGCGCGCUUCUUCCCAGGCCGGGUCUGUGGUCCCGUCGCGCGCGGCUUCCCGGGCUCGGUCUGUGGUCCAGUCCCGCACGGCCUCCGGGGUCCCAUCCUUGGUUCCAUUGCACGUGGGCUCCAGGAUGCCAUCGCUGGCCACUUCCAAGGCGGGCUCCCGGGUCCCAUCCCUGACCCUGUCGCGCGGAAGCUCCCGUACCCUGUCGGUGGGGCAGUCAGGCGAGGGCUCUAGGAUGUCUUCUCAGUCCUCUUUGCGUGUGGCCUCGCAGGAUACCCUCCCCUCCGCGAAGUCUGUCCCCAAGACUCCCUUGGGUCUGUCCCGUGAUCGGGUUCUUACUUCACAGUCAGAGGAAGGCGUGAACACUGACACUGCCGCAGAAGCCUCCUCGGGGAGUGCCUGA